UCCGGAUUUUGCUUUAUCGAGGGAAUUGGUGUUUUUUGCAGCGGCGAUAACAUGAUCGAUCUGAAGAAAGAUAUUGCUGAACAAAAUUACGAGCGUGUUUUGGAAUCUCUCAAUGCACUCAACGUUAGCGAAACCAGCUGCGAUGACUUCAGACGCGAGGCAACCAAUCUUUUUGAGACAUUCCUUGUCUGUUACAACUCGCUGGAUGCUUCCGCAAUCUCUGUGGCCAUGAAAUGCUUGAAUCUGCUUAAGCGGGCCUGCGCCUGUGGGGAAUCGUUUCAAAACAUCAUUAUCUCGCGGGACGGAUUCCUGGAGCGCUUUCGUGUGAUUCUGGUGGAUGAGAAAGAUACGGUCGCUGAAAACAUUCGUGCCAGUUGCUUGCAGCUAAUGGGCAAUCUUUGUGUACAAAACAAAGCGAAUCAGGAGAAGAUUAUCGGAAAGCUGCACCCAUUCCUACUUGAUAGUAUAGUAGCGAACGAUGCACUGGCCAAUGCAUCAGCUAUGCUUCUAUACAACGGAUUCAUCUAUAAGGCGAGCGGUGUUAGCUUGAACACACUCCUCGAAACGCUGCUGACCAACGUCGAAAUGAACCGCGUUCUGCAGCAGGAUUUACCGGAGUUUGUGGGCAUUUUUCUCGAGUAUCUGAUAAGUGAAAGCAAUGAGAUAGUGGAUGUUCUCGAAGGGCUCGAGUUCAGCAAGAAGAUGUUGUUGUACCGCUAUCUCAUCGAAUAUAUGCGGCAGGAGGACCGACGGAUCCAUCCGAUUCAUCCGGACAUCUUCAAACAUCUUCUGGCCCAGUUCAAGCAGCAAUCCGAUGGCGUUCUCAAGACGGAAAACGUGCAACUUGAUGGGCCGGCCACCGAGGAAGUGUUCACGCUGCUUGUUUACCUCUCGGACGCAUCAUGCAUUGAACCAUACUCAUCAUUCUUGCGCCACGAUGGAGCGCUAUUUUUAAACCUUGGAUGCCUGUUGCGUCAGAUGCAGCUACUCGGUAAAUUGGGUACCGAAAACAUCUUCACACCGGUGCAGAGCAUUGAGGAAAUGCUGAAAAUCAAACAGGGCACCAGUGAGCAAAACAUUGAGGCCGACAUAUCCUACUCACUGCGAUCGGCAGUAGUAAAAGCCCUUGCUAAUAUGGCGUACAAGUCGAAGAAAAAUCAAAAACUAGCCAGGGAUAUGGACAUAAUGGCGGCGAUAUUGGACUGCACCAGUCUAGAUGCACGAAAUCCUCUGAUUAAGGAAUGGAGCAUAUUGGCCAUACACAACCUGUGUGAGGAUAAUCCAGAAAACCAACAGUUCAUCUCUAGUCUCACGAAGCUUGCAAUGGCGGAAAACUCACUGCUAAAGGAGUGUUCUGCGGGAACAAUUCGGAUUGGUUCCGAUGCCCAGCCGUACAUCAGUCGAAAGAAGUAGCGUGGUGUUGACAACGAUAUUGUUAUUACUAUUUUAUAUAAUAAAACUAUGUUGCGUCUUGCACGACUAGGAA